ACUUUCUAGUCAAGUCUCCAGCUAAGUGCAUUUUGUUUUUUUCUCUUCUCAUCCAUUGAGAAAAGAAAAAAAAAAAAUCUUGCGGUCAAAAGCUGCCAGUAACUGCCUCACUCCUUAGGUGACGUCAAUUAUCUUCUUCUCCGGUCACGCGAAAAACAGCCUCCGGCGAAGUCAGAGAUGGAUUCACACGAUGGUGCAGUUGGUAAUGGGUCACAUGACGCACUGCCUCCACCUCCACCGGUCGUUCCUCCAGAUGUUGUUCCACUGCGAGCUGAACUACCAGCGGAACCGGCGAAGAAGAAGCCUGCUAGGGUUCCGAUGAGUAGGCGUGGUCUUGGAUCCAAAGGCAAUAAGAUACCUCUCCUGACUAAUCAUUUCAAAGUCAACGUUACUAACGUUGAUGGCUACUUCUUUCACUAUUCUGUUUCUUUGUCUUACGAAGAUGGUCGUCCUGUAGAUGGUAAGGGUGUUGGGCGAAAAGUGAUUGAUAGAGUGCAAGAGACUUACGAUUCUGAGCUGGGUGGAAAGAACUUUGCGUAUGAUGGAGAGAAGAGCUUGUUCACUGUUGGGUCUCUUCCUCGCAACAAGCUAGAGUUCACUGUUGUGCUUGAGGACAUCAGCUCUAACAGGAGUAAUGGCAACGCAAGCCCUGAUGGUCAUGGUAGUCCUAAUGAGAGUGACAGGAAGAGGAUGCGGAGACCAUAUCGGUCCAAAACAUUCAAGGUGGAAAUAAGUUUUGCUGCUAAAAUACCCAUGCAAGCCAUUGCAAAUGCUCUUCGUGGUCAAGAGUCUGAAAACUCUCAAGAAGCCAUUAGGGUUCUGGAUAUUAUCUUGCGGCAACAUGCAGCUAAACAGGGAUGCCUACUUGUUCGUCAGAAUUUCUUUCACAAUGAUCCUAAGAAUUUUGCUGAUGUUGGAGGUGGUGUUCUAGGCUGCAGAGGGUUUCAUUCUAGUUUUAGAACAACUCAAGGAGGCUUGUCUCUGAAUAUAGAUGUAUCCACCACCAUGAUUAUUCAGCCUGGUCCUGUUGUUGAUUUUCUAAUUUCCAACCAAAACGCUAGAGACCCCUUUCAGUUAGACUGGGCUAAGGCAAAAAGAACUCUAAAAAAUCUGAGAAUCAAGGCAAGCCCAUCCAAUCAAGAGUACAAGAUAACUGGAUUGAGCGAGAGACCAUGCAAAGAGCAAAUCUUUGAAUUAAAGCAAAAGAGUACUGGUGAGGCACUUGAAUUAACAGUGUAUGAUUAUUUUGUUAAUCAUCGCCGAAUUGAUUUGCGAUAUUCUGCUGAUCUUCCCUGCAUCAAUGUUGGGAAGGCAAAGCGCCCAACAUAUAUUCCAAUAGAGCUUUGUGAAUUGGUGUCCUUGCAACGUUACACAAAAGCACUAAACACUCUUCAAAGAGCUUCUUUGGUGGAAAAAUCAAGACAAAAGCCACAAGAGAGAAUGACAACUUUAUCAAAUGCUUUGAAGACCAGCAACUAUGCUGCUGAACCUAUGCUAAGACAAUGUGGCAUUUCAAUUAGUAAUACUUUUGCCCAAGUUGAGGGUCGUGUUUUGCCUGCUCCAAGGCUUAAAGUAGGUAAUGGUGAAGAUUUCUAUCCCAGGAAUGGGCGCUGGAACUUUAAUAACAAGAAACUUGCGGAGCCAUGCAAGGUAGAGAAAUGGGCUGUUGUAAACUUCUCUGCACGAUGUGAUGUGCGAAAACUUGUGCAAGAUCUGAUGAAAUGUGCAGAUAUGAAAGGAAUACCUAUUGAGCCUCCUUUUGAAGUAAUUGAGGAGAGUCCGCAGUUGAGGCGUGCCCCACCAACUGUUAGAGUGGAGAAAAUGUUUGAAGAGAUACAGUCUAGACUUCCUGGUGCUCCAAAGUUCCUUUUGUGUUUACUUCCUGAGAGGAAAAACUCUGACUUAUAUGGUCCUUGGAAGAAGAAAAAUCUUGCUGAGUUUGGUAUUGUCACUCAGUGCCUUUCUCCACAACGGGUCAAUGAUCAGUAUCUGACUAAUCUUCUGUUGAAGAUCAAUGCUAAGCUUGGUGGGUUAAAUUCAAUGUUAGCAGUUGAACAUUCUCCUAAUAUUCCAGUGGUUUCUAAGGUUCCUACACUCAUCCUAUUCUUGAAUUCAUUGCAGCUAGGUGGGUUAAAUUCAAUGUUAGCAAUUGAACAUUCUCCUAAUAUUCCAGUGGUUUCUAAGGUUGUCAGUUCGAGGCAGUGGCCAUUGAUUUCUCGCUAUAGGGCCUCUGUACGUACACAGUCUCCAAAGGUUGAAAUGAUAGAUAAUCUGUUUAAGAAAGUGUCUGAUACUGAAGAUGAAGGGAUGAUGAGAGAGAUUCUGCUGGACUUUUAUCUUAGUUCAGGGAAAAGGAAGCCUGAUCAGAUCAUUAUAUUCAGGGAUGGUGUCAGUGAAUCACAAUUUAAUCAAGUAUUGAAUAUUGAACUGGAUCAAAUAAUUGAGGCAUGCAAGUUCCUUGAUGAGAAGUGGUUCCCCAAGUUUGUGGUAAUUGUUGCACAGAAGAACCACCACACAAAGUUCUUCCAGCCAGGAGCUCCAGAGAAUGUUCAACCUGGUACUAUCAUUGACAAUAAAGUCUGUCAUCCAAAGAACAAUGACUUCUAUCUCUGUGCACAUGCGGGAAUGAUUGGAACUACUAGGCCCACUCACUAUCAUGUUUUAUUGGAUGAGGUUGGCUAUUCACCAGAUGACCUCCAGGAACUUGUGCAUUCUCUGUCAUAUGUGUACCAAAGAAGCACAACUGCCAUAUCUGUAGUUGCACCAAUAUGCUAUGCUCACCUAGCUGCCACUCAGAUGGGACAAUUCAUGAAAUUUGAAGAUACUUCUGAGACAUCCUCGAGCCACGGUGGUGUAACUGCUCCUGGUGUUGUUCCUGUCCCGCAGCUGCCUAAACUAAAUGAAAAAGUUUGCAACACGAUGUUCUUUUGUUGAGGCUAAGUUAGUAGUUAUUACCUAAAAACAUAUCCUUUGUAAAUGGUCUCUGGGAUAUCGAAUCUCCUUCACUGUGCAGGUGUUUGAACAUUGGCAGUAGGUUAAUCUCUGUUAGUUCGUCUUUUGGACAUAGAAUUAACACUCCUGCAUCUUUAGGCCCUUUUGUUUCUCUGGCUUUUCAGUAAAAGCCCUUUGAUAACGCCUGUAAGUAAUGCUUAACACGACGGACAGCGUAUUUAUGACUAAGCUGCUGCGUUUUGCUAUCAUUUGUAUUGCUGGUUAUUUUGCUUCGAUUUGGAAGCACUUGUGUGUAUACAUUGGCCGUUGGAUCUUCAAA